AUGUGCGUAACCCUCGCUACUGAUGACUUCAGCCAAGAAAAGCGUCUGAGAAGAAGGUUCUGUCGUCAGCAAAAACGUGAUCGUGAGAACGAGUGGACGUCAAGAGCGAAGGAGUUUGAGAAGGUGUUGGACGAUAGGAACCCGAGAAAACCCUAUAUUCUGGCAAGGCAGAAACGGAAAAGGAAGGACACGACGGUCAGCGAAGACCCACCGUCGGAGUCGGAGGUUCCUGUGUGUAUACAAAAAACGAAGAAUGGGAAAUCUGGCAGAGACGAUGGAAUUUGGGCAGGAAUGUUGAAAUCUUCUCCUCCUUCUGGGAUUCGUGAGAUGACAAAGAUUAUCCGUUCGAUAUGGAUUGACGAAAUGAUUCCUCACUCGUGUAGCGCCGUCUAUGCGUCCCCUGGUGGAUCUCGAGUAUCUCGAGCGAUGUAG